CGCCGCAAUGUCUGUCUUCAUCUCGACAUCUUCUCUAUUGCUGGUCCUCGGUCUUGUUCCCGGGAUCGUGUCUCUUGACAAUGGGCUAUCCCGAACGCCAGCAAUGGCAUUCAAUGGGUACAAUGCAUUUGCCUGCGAUGGCACUGAGGACCAAUACCGCUCGAUGGCGAAAAAUCUCGUCGACUUGGGCCUUUUUGCCCUAGGCUAUGACACAUUGGGCAUUGACUGUGGAUGGCAAGCCAAGAACCGAACGUCGGAUGGCAAAUUCGCGUGGGACACGACGCGUUUUCCCUCCGGUAUUCCUGCGCUCUCGAGCUAUGUGCACGACCUCGGCCUCAAGUUUGGGCUGUACAGCGAUGCAGGCUAUUAUGCGUGCGAUUUUGUCGGCGGGUCUGCGCAUUUCAUUGGCAGCUUGGGGCAUGAGGUGGACGACGCAAAUUCGUUUGCAGAGUGGGGCGCUGAUUAUCUCAAGUAUGAUAACUGCUAUGCAGUCAGCGCGACGGAUUUCGUAGACUACAAUCCAUCGUUUUCUCUCCAGCCUCACUACACCGCUAUGCGGGACGCACUGAACGCCACUGGCCGACCUAUUGUCUAUUCUGUCUGUGAAUGGGGCGUCCAAGAUCCGGCGAGAUGGGCAGCGCCUGUAGGGAACUCUUGGCGCAUCUCAAAUGACAUCGGCCCGCCCGCGUCCUGGGAUAACCUGUUCCGCAUCAUCAACCAAGUCGUUCCUAUCACUGGAUUUGCAGGCCCAGGAGCAUGGAACGAUCUCGACAUGCUGGAAGUUGGCAAUUCGGGGCUCACGAUUGACGAGCAGAGGACGCACUUCGUCUUUUGGGCUGCGGCCAAGUCUCCCUUGUUGAUCUCGACGGAUUUGACCAAGAUAUCGAGCGACGCGCUUGCGAUCCUCAAGAACAAGAACAUCCUCGAUCUUCACGGAGAUUCCUUGGGGAAGUCGAUAGGGUUCGGACGGCGCUAUACGAACGAUCACGACGUGUGGUACGGACCCUUGGCAGACGGGUCUACGGUCGCAGUCGUCAUCAACCUGCAGAACUCUUCUAGGAGUCUGACGUUUUCGUUGCCGGAUGUCGGCUUCACAUCGGCGUCGGCGGUAGACCUGUGGACUGGUGCCCAUCUGGGCACGCUCAACACUUCGUAUACGAAGACAGUCGCAGCCCAUGGAUCUCUGGCUCUCAGACUAUCCUCCGGCGUAGCCGCUUCUGCGCCUUCGUACACAUACUAUCCUGCAUCCGCCUCCAACACGAUUCUAUCAGGCGGCGCCAGCACCCGAGUAGUGAACGGCACCGUCACCGUCGUCGGAUUCGUCGGGAACGGGGCCACGCUGACCUUCCACAACGUCACCGGGGGCACGACGGGCGGGAGCAAGCUCGUCAGCGUCGACUACAUCAACGCGGACUUCACGAUGUCCAACACCGCGUGCUCCAACUGCCGGAACGCGUACGUGAGCGUCAACGGGGGCACCGCCGUGCAAGUGCAGUUCCCGAUCUCGGCACAGAGCUGGGACAUCGAUUAUUCAGGGUACGUCGUCGAGCUGGAUGGGUUCGUAGCGGGGGCCGCGAACACCGUCCAAUUCGGGAACCCAAGCGCAUGGGCGCCCGACUUUGUUCGCAUCGGGAUCGCGGCAUGAUUCGAAGGGGAGGUGCGAUUCUCAGCUAAGUUUACAGUAUGGAUGGAUGGAGGGCCGGACGUUCACAUCCGAAAAUGUAUCCCCGUGUCACUGUUAAAAAUACCUCGAUUUCGCCGUUCGGUUCGAGGCCUGUGUAGAGACACGAUGACGAGCAGACAGGUCUACAUAUGAAGCUAUGAAGCAUGCAUUUUUUACCGCUGGA